UAUUGGAAUCGUUUAUGCUAAAUUUGUCGCCCAGCUAGUGCACUUAUACAAUGGGUAGUACCGAACCGAAAAUCUCCUUUGGAGUGAAAAUGAAAGCCAAACCCCUUCUUGGAAUCAGUCCGGCAUCAAGCGUCACACUGAAAUCGAAGGAAACAAAAGAACGGAUUGAGUUUCUGGAAGACAAUCUUAUUAAAAGUUCUGGCAAACAGGAAGAAGAAAAGCCGAAGCUUUUGAUUAUUCCACCACUAAAAAACGAACGAUCGACCGACCGUUCGGCGAAGAUAUCCAUCAUCCAGCAACUCAAACAACAGCGCUUGCAACCAGACGACUCUCCCAAGGAUGGCAUCGAAACACUCGAGCAGCGAGCGGCACGGGAGAUUGUGGCCGAAACAGCGGAAGCCAUAAUUAAGAAAGAAGAUACAUCCGGUUUUGUUGUACCGCUUAGGCCGGAAGAGCUUCCACUAGAUGGUGCCCGUGAAAGCACGCUGGACGAUUACGAAUCCGUCCCGAUCGAACAGUUCGGUCAAGGAAUGCUGCGUGGAAUGGGAUGGAACGGUGAUGUGAAAAAAGAUGACACCGAAAAGAUCGCACUAGGUCCUAUGCCUCGUCCAAAAGGACUCGGACUAGGUGCGGAUCGAUCGGUCAAGCAAGGUACAGUGCCGGGUGCGGUACAAUCGGCGCAGGGUGAAAAUCUUGUGAUGAAAUGUGGUGCACCGGUGAAAAUGGUUUCUGGCAGACAUAAGGGAAAAUACGCAACGGUUAAGAGCUUCGAUGAAGACACCGGUCGUGUGAUUGUAGAAUUAUCUAUCGGCAGAGUCCUGGAAUCGUUGACUGAAUGUUCGGUGCAGCUAGUAACAGUCGGAGAGUUUGGCAAAAAUUCUAACGUUAUAAAUACGGCUAAGUACGAACAGUUUAAGGAGCGUGAAUCAAACAACGCUUCGGCAACCGGUACUUCCUCGAAGGAAUCAUCCCGAAAAGAGGACAGAUCCCUUUCCAAACACAGCAGUUCCUAUCGCGAUCGCGACAGUACGAAUAGCAGCAGUGAAGACGAACGCGAACGACACCGACGAAAGCACAAGAAAUCAUCCUCCCCGUACAUACGUACCUCAUCCGGCACGAAGAAAAAGUCCCACAAAUACAAGCAACGACGAGAGUAUCGGGACGAACGGCGAGGUUCUUCGCGGGACCGACGACGGCACCGCAGUCCACGGGCGUCGGAUUCGGAAUCGGACGAUAAGUUGCACAAGAAGAAAACGAAAAAGAAGAAGAGACCUCGAAGCCGUUCCCGCAGUCGACAGUAACCG